AACCUGAGUCCUGGGAUGCGCCUGAGGACUGGGAUCAGUUUUCCGUGCGGAUCCUUCCUCAUGAGGUUUGUGUGCCUCCUCUGGUCCUGAGGGAGUGCUUUGUCGUGCUAAACCCUAUCCGGUUUAGCACUGACAAGUUGGCUGCAAUGGAUCGCAUUGUUCCAUCCAACCUUGACGUCCCCAUGUAUGCUACCAUGGGGAAUCGCUCAAAGAAACGGAAGGUGGCACAUGGAACCACGGCUGUGGUCUCCAAAGGAAAGAAGGCCCGCCUUGAGGCACUUCAAACUCCAGCAAGGAUUGCCAAACCUUCGAAGCUGGUACCUCCCCCUCGACCUGUUCCAGAAGCUGCUGUACCAGCUACUCUGGAGGGCGUACCUCCUCCUCGACCUGUUCCAGAAGCUGCUGUGCCAGCCACUCUGGAGGGCAGCGUCUUUGUGCAUUCGAGCAAGUUUGCUCAACCGGAGGGGGAUGACAAGACUCUGUGUGUUGAUGAGUGGCCGUUUCUUCAAACAAAGUUUUGUGAGAAGAUGACACACAUUGAGGACCAUGAGCCGUUUCAACCAGCACCUGAGGUCACUGCGAGCAGUCAGCAGGCACCCUGUGAUUUUGCACCUGCCAGAGCUGCUACAUCAAGUCAUGUGACUUAUGAGAACCCUGGGUGUCUUCAAGGAUCGUUUGACCAGAGCAGCCACAUCUUCGGGGAAAAUGCAGGUGUGGGCGUGGUCUACGGCCCAGAGUCCUUCACGAUGCCUCGUGCCUCGCGCACUUCGUCUGUAGCCAAGAUGAGGUGGAAGAGGAUUCUUCCCAUGGCGACGACUCUGGCCAGAGGCUUCGAGCCUGUGCGUGGCACUGGAGCACGUCACCGUGUCAAGCCUUGGCCUGUCUCUGCCCUCACUGGGAAGUUCCAUCGAUUGGAUCUCCCUCCUGAGUCUCCAGUUAAGCAGUUUGUGCUGUUUGUGGGCGACUCGCAUCUGCGUGCGUUGGUUGACCGUUACGUGAGGAUGCCAGACGGUUGCCUUUCGUUUGGGUUCCUGUCUACGCCUGGGGCGUCUGCCGCUGAGCUCCGCACUGAGUUGCUGAACGCAGACAUCCCCAGAACCCCCGACAUCGUUUGCUUGCUGGCUCCAAGCAACAACCUCACGGCGACGCCCGGCAUCGAAGCGGCUGGAGUUGCCUUCGAUGGACUUCUGAGAGCUGCCCGCAGUCGAUGGCCUAAGGUGUUUGUGCUCGAUUUCCCUCCCCGGCUGGCGAGUGAAUUGGCACCGCAACAAUUCCUUCGAGAGGAGUUUCGUCGCGUUGCAGCAAAGAACGGUAUGUAAAAAUGAUUAAGAGAUAAUGUCAGUAUAGAAUAUCUUUGUAGGAAAGCUUUUAGUGUAUCAACACCACCUCUUGGUACCACGUGUAAAAUAUGUAUAUAGUGUAUGGUUUAAUAUUUGUUUUCUUCUGCAGGUGUAAAGUACUGCGUCACAGCUGACCGCUUUCCGCUGGACUCACGUGCCUUGUGGAGUCGUGAUGGGGUAAGUCGUGUUAUAACUUGGCACGUGAGAAAUUCAUGUAAUGUCAUUUUUAUACGGCAAAAGCAGUUUAUUUCAAUAAUAACCCGUGCUUCUCAUUAUAAUAGAUCCACCUGAGUGACGAUCUGGGGAUGCCGCUUCUCGCGAAGCUGCUGUGGCACUUCUCCUUUCAGCAGCUACAGUCACCUCUGCCUGUUACACCUCCGCCUGUGUCUCCUCCCAAGUCUCCCCCGACUGUGAGACCCUUUGCUACCACCGUGGUUGUGAAGGGAGAGGUUUCACGUCCACGUCCCCUUGACCCCUUCAAGGAAACUGUCGUCGGACGUCGCGGAAAGCGCAGCCAACCUGAGUCCUGGGAUGCGCCUGAGGACUGGGAUCAGUCUUCCGUGCGGAUCCUUCCUCAUGAGGUUUGUGUGCCUCCUCUGGUCCUGAGGGAGUGCUUUGUCGUGCUAAACCCUAUCCGGUUUAGCACUGACAAGUUGGCUGCAAUGGAUCGCAUUGUUCCAUCCAACCUUGACGUCCCCAUGGGGAAUCGCUCAAAGGUAAUUUGUGUGAUUUUAAUAUUAACUGUUUGAGUGCAUACAUAUUAAUAGCGCCUGUAAUCCUAUAUGACAAGCUUUACAUUGUAUGGUACAGAUAGUUACAUUGAUAAUAAAAGUGUUAUAUUUCAU